AUGUCCUCUAACCUGGACUCCAGUCUCACCAGCAUUGACUGGCUGCCGCAACUGGGAAUCAGCAGCCUGCGCUCAGGUAGAGAACGAGGAGGAGAGAGGGAGAGGAGGAGGGAAAGAGUGGGGGAGAAAGGGGACUCCCAGCAGGACAACCCCAAAGGUAAACCCCCGCAUAGCUACUCCACACUCAUCGCCAUGGCUAUCACAGCCGCGCCGAAGAGGAAGUUGAGCCUGAAUGACAUCUACACAUGGAUCAGUGACACAUUUCCUUACUAUAGCCGGACAGGACGGGGAUGGAAGAACUCCAUUCGCCAUAAUCUAUCCCUCAAUAAGUGCUUCAGGAAAGUUCCGCGUCCUCACAACAACCCUGGAAAGGGCUCCUAUUGGACUAUGGACGGCCCUGCAGAGUUGAAUCAAGUCAGGGCGCCCAAACGACCCUAUCCAGAGGAGGAACGGGAAAGACUGAAUCAAGUCCCAGCAAGGGACCCAUCACCUCAUUCAGUGUUCCACAAAGAAAGCAGUAUACAGUCACUGCAGCAGCCACCACGCUCUCGGUCACCCUCGCCACCUCCUUGCAAGCAACCCUACACACCAGCGCUCACGUCCCCAAUCAAUACUUCCCCAAGACCGGACCCCACUCUUCCUAUUCCACCAUUUUCUGCAGCUAUAUCCCGUCCAACAUUCUGUGCCCACUCUGGAGCGGAAUGCGCUCUUACUUCCUCGUCUACUCACUUGACCCCCUCGGCUCUCACUUUUUCUUCCCCUUUUCCUAUACCCGUGGCCACCCCUUCCUCAGCAGGGUCGGGACCCCCCACGGCGGACCCCCCGCUGCGAUUCACCUUUGACGAGAUGAAUUUACCGGACUUGUACGCGUCCUUUAAGUCUCUCUUCAAGAGUAUGCGGGAGAGAGGAGGUUCACAAACUGAUUGUGCUCCCGCAGCCAUGGCUAGCAACGACAUCACCCCACUGCACACCCCAGUUCUCCUGCCCAUGUCUCCCCACCUUGCAACACAACCACCCGCUGCAGUGACACCACUUGCACCACCAAGCGACACAGUUCGGGUUACACAACACAUGGUUCCAACAGACUGGUUUACGAGCACAGAUUCACUGAAGGAGAGCUUCCGCAUUGCCAGCAAUCUUGACUGGGCCAACAUUGACCUAACUGGUCACCCAGACCUGCUGGAAAGCAUGCGCCAAGCGGAGCUAUGCGACUGGGCCUUGGACCCGGCGCUCUUCACUUCCCUGUGCGAUUCCCUCAACCGCUUCUUUGCACAGAAAGGCAUGCUGACCUCGGGCAGCCACUCCCCGCUGGCCCCGGGCGGACAUCACCCGACACAGGCGCUAACUUUCAACGUCAACAGCCCGCAUCUCGCAGCCCAUCCAUCAUUCCACUACGGCUCCACCAAUGGUGCGACGCCGUUGCUUCGCAGGCCUCUUCACGUGCAGGGCCACAACAGUCAUAGGCCCACACAGACGCAGCCUGCAAACACAACUGCCAGUGCACAGCCUCAAGGGACAACGCCCCGACCGCGUCCUCCUUUUAAAAGUCUCCACAGCAACAGCGAGGAGUUCCAGGAUGAUUUUGACUGGGACUCUCUACUAGUCUGA